AUAACGAUCAGCAUGGAAACGUUGACUAACGAAACCAAUGAGCUAAGAUCAGAGUUUCUCCCAUGUCAAAGAUCAGCCAAAGUUCUUGUUAAGAACUGUAUGUUGUUUCUUCUUGUUUCCAAUCUCCUAAUCACCGGAGCUAUGGAAACGCACAAAGCCGUUGAGUUUCGAUCUAAGUUCCUCCAUGUUCUUCUUAGUCGACGAUCAGCCCCAGUUCCAUUAGUAGCUGAGCCUUCGAAACCAGUGGCAAAUCCUAUAUUUCAAAGUGAUGUUCCAUCUACAGCUGCAAUAGAGUCUAGUCCAAAGGCACACAUGAAUAACUUAAAAGGUAUGCUUAACGAGGAAAACCUUCAUUUGCACACUGAGGCUGGAGAGCAAGGAAGAUUGCCUUUGCUUAUUUUAAGCUUGAAGGAGAAGAGUGUAGAAAGAAGACCAGCUGUUGUGUUUAUGCAUAGCUCAAACGCAAACAAAGAAUCGUUAAGGCCAUUGCUUGAAGCAUAUGCUUCACGGGGAUAUGUAGCCAUUGGCUUAGAUUCUCGCUACCAUGGGGAACGAGCUGACUCCAAAACUGCCUAUCAAGAUGCUCUUAUAUCAUCUUGGAAACAUGGAAACACAAUGCCUUUUAUCUAUGAUACUGUCUGGGAUUUGAUCAAACUAGCUGAAUAUCUUACUCAUCAGAGGAAAGAUAUAGACCCACAAAGGAUAGGAAUCACCGGUAUUUCACUAGGAGGGAUGCAUGCUUGGUUUGCUGCUGCAGUUGACACCCGCUAUUCAGUAGCUGUUUCUUUGAUUGGUGUUCAGGGAUUCAGAUGGGCAAUAGACAAUGAUGCGUGGCAAGCAAGAGUCGACAGUUUAAAACCUUUAUUUGAAAAAGCAAGGAUUGAUAUGGGGAAAAGCAAAAUCGACAAAGAAGUGGUCGAGAAGGUGUGGGACAGAAUAGCUCCUGGCCUAGCCUCUAAGUUUGAUGCACCCUACUCUGUACCAGUGAUUGCUCCACGCCCUCUUUACCUCCUUAACGGCGCUGAGGAUCCUCGCUGUCCUCUUGGUGGACUAGUUGUUCCGGUGAAGAGAGCUAAGAAGGCUUAUAAGAAAACUCCUGGAAACUUCAAGUUUGUAGCUGAAGAUGGAGUUGGACACACAGUGACGAGUUUCAUGAUCAAAGAAACAUCAGAUUGGUUUGACAAGUUUCUUAAACAAAGAAACAUGACUUUUGGUUAAAACUAAGGCACAUGACCAUAUGUAACAGAAAAAUAAAAAUGUAAGCUAAUAAAUGCAUGUCCAUAAGAGACAUUUCAAAA